AGUGUCCCAACACUUGCCUCGUUAACGUGGGUCUGGUUUGCUGCUCAAAAACGCUGUUCUGACAGUUCAUACACCACCAAGCAGAGGAAGCAAGGAGUCGGGCAGCCCUGUCAUGGCAGGGCUCAGAGUCACUGAGGUGGACUGGCAGCGGCUGCGCAACGGCACUGCACACCACACCCAGGAGUACCCCGGCUCCGACCUGGUGGUCCGCAGGGGCCAGAGGUUCACCUUCACACUGGAGCUGAACAGACCCCUGGAGAGCGAGGAGACCCUCAUCUUCACCGUGGAGACAGGACCCCAGGCUUCUGAGGCCCUCCGCACCAAAGCUGUGUUCCAGACAUCAGAGCUGGAGCGGGGUGACACCUGGAUGGCAGUGAAGGAGGCUCAGACAGAGAACACCACGACCUUCAGUCUUGCCAGCCCUCCCAAUGCCGUCAUUGGCCGUUACCAGCUGAGCGCCAGGGUUUCCUCUCGCCGCAAACAUAGUGACCGGAAGCUGGGCGAGUUUGUUCUCCUUUUCAACCCAUGGUGCCCAGAGGACGACGUGUUUCUGGACUCAGAGGAAGAGAGACAAGAGUAUGUGCUCAACGACAGCGGGAUCAUCUUCCGGGGUGUGGAGAAGCGCAUCCGAGCCCAAGGCUGGAACUUCGGGCAGUUUGAGGAGGACAUCCUGAACAUCUGCCUCUCCAUCCUGGACCGAACCCCUAGUUACCAAGACGACCCAGCCACCGACGUGUCCCACCGCCAUAACCCCGUCUACAUCACCAGAGCCGUCAGCGCCAUGGUGAACAGCAACAACGACCGGGGUGUGGUUCAAGGCCAGUGGCAGGGCAAGUACGGCGGCGGCACCAGCCCUCUGCACUGGCGUGGCAGCGUGGCCAUUCUGCACAAGUGGUUCAAGAGCAGGUUCAAGCCAGUCAAGUAUGGCCAGUGCUGGGUCUUCGCUGGAGUCAUGUGCACAGUCCUCAGGUGCUUGGGAAUCGCAACACGGGUUGUGUCCAACUUUAACUCGGCCCAUGACACGGACAGGAACCUGAGUGUGGACAAGUAUGUGGACUCCUUCGGGCGAACGCUGGAAGACCUGACAGAAGACAGCAUGUGGAAUUUCCAUGUCUGGAAUGAGAGCUGGUUUGCCCGGCGGGACCUGGGCCCCUCUUACAAUGGUUGGCAGGUUCUGGAUGCCACCCCCCAGGAGGAGAGCGAAGGCGUGUUCCGGUGUGGCCCGGCCUCCGUCACCGCCAUCCGCGAGGGCGACGUGCAUCUGGCCCACGAUGGUCCUUUCGUGUUUGCGGAGGUCAACGCGGACUACAUCACCUGGCUUUGGAAUGAGGAUGAGAGCCGGGAGCGUGUGUACUCAGACACGAAGAAAAUUGGGCGGUGCAUCAGCACCAAGGCGGUGGGCAGCGACUCCCGCGUGGACAUCACCAGCCUCUACAAGUAUCCGGAAGGGUCCCGGAAGGAGAGGCAGGUGUACAGCAAGGCCGUGAAGAAGCUGUUCAGUGUGGAAGCCUCUGGAAGGAGGGCCUGGGUCCGCAGAGGGGGCAGCCGUGGUCUCUGGCGUGAUGACCUCCUGGAGCCUGCCACCAAGCCCAGCAUCACCGGCAAGUUCAAGGUGCUGGAGCCACCGGUGCUGGGCCAUGACCUGAAGCUGGCCCUGUGCUUGACCAGCCUCACCUCCCGGGCCCAGCGGGUCCAAGUCAACUUGAGCGGUGCCACCAUCCUUUACACCCGCAGGCCAGUGGCAGAGAUCCUGCACGAAUCCCACACAGUGAAGCUAGGGCCAGAAGAAGAGAAAAAGAUCCCAAUUGCAAUAUCUUAUUCUCAAUAUAAGGAAGACCUGACAGAGGACAAGAAGAUCCUGUUGGCUGCCAUGUGCCUUGUGACCAAAGGAGAGAAGCUCCUGGUGGAGAAGGACAUUACUCUGGAGGACUUCAUUACCAUCAAGGUGCUUGGCCCGGCCGUGGUGGGGGUGGCAGUUGCAGUAGAAGUGAUGGUGCUUAACCCGCUCUCGGAGAGAGUGAAAGACUGUACGCUGAUGGUGGAGGGCAGUGGCCUUCUCCAGGGACAGCUCAGCAUCAAUGUGCCCAGCCUGGAGCCCCAAGAGAAGGCCUCGGUCCAAUUCAAGAUCACCCCCUUCAAGAGCGGCCCACGGCAGCUACAGGUAGACUUCGUCAGCCCCCACUUCCCGGACAUCAAGGGCUUUGUGAUCAUCCACGUGGCCACAGCUAAAUGACAGGCAUGAAGGGUUGAGAAGGGAAGAGAAGGUCCCUAUUCCUCUCCUGUCCACUUCUCUGCCCUUCCCAUAUGGGAGUCAGGAGGCCUGGAUUCCAGUCCCACUUCAGCUUUUGCCCUACUCUGUGAACUUGGGCAAAUCCCUCCUUUCCUGAGUCUCAGUUUCCUUGUCUGUAAAAUGAGGUGUUAGACUCAGUAACCCUUAAACUUUGGGUCUCCCACCUCCAUCUCAUCACCCUCGCUGCUGGGAGACUGAUGAAUUAAGAGUCACAGUAACCUUGGCCCACCCAGCUGUGCCACCUCCUGCCAGUUCACCGUCACCCUGGCUGAUCCCU